GAAUGAUAACGUCAUCGGAAGAGAGCGACAUGGAUGAAGCUGACCUAGAUGACUCUCUGCCAUUCCUUGGAGUAGAUGAAGAUGACUUCGCAAAACCAAGCAAGGGAGACAGGACAGACUACGAAUACCUCGUCAACGCAGAGUUCUCCGACCAGCACCGAACUGACCAGCUGGAGAAGCUAGACAAGGAAAUCACACUGUUUAAUUAUAAGGGUGAAGAUGUUCCAGUCAAUCCAGUAGAUGUCCUAUAUGUUGAACAAAGGCAGAUUGAAUUAAAUCCACCUGGAAAAGUAUUGUUUUCAAAUGAUCACCAUAGUCUUUAUACAGAAGAUACAUUGGUGUGGCCAUUCACAGAUUCCUCCUCAAAUCCUCUAGGAAGUCUCUCUCCAGAUAAGGUGAAGAUGUAUAUCAAGGAGGGACUUUUUCAGAGAGUAUAUUCAUCAAAAGGAACAACCAAACUUAUGAUGAAGUACUUGUUCCACCUCUGCUGUUGCACAACAGAUAUGGAGCUACUCUACCCAACAUACAACACUCUCUCUAUAGCGGAGAACAACGAAUGUCACUUGAAUAUUUUCCCGGGCUUUAUUUAG